AUGGUGACCAGUGAGAUAUACCUGCUGGAGCGUGUGCUACGGGUGGGUGCUGCUAUGGUGACCAGUGGGGAAUGGACCCCGAGCUGGGACUGUGAUUGGACCUGGGGUGGGGAAUGGACCCCGAGCUGGGACUGGAGGGACUGGGAUUGGACCUGGGGUGGGGAAUGGACCCCGAGCUGGGACUGUGAUUGGACCUGGGGUGGGGAAUGGACCCCGAGCUGGGGCUGUGAUUGGACCUGGGGUGGGGAAUGGACCCCGAGCUGGGACUGUGAUUGGACCUGGGGUGGGGAAUGGACCCCGAGCUGGGACUGUGAUUGGACCUGGGGUGGGGAAUGGACCCCGAGCUGGGACUGUGAUUGGACCUGGGGUGGGGAAUGGACCCGAGCUGGGACUGUGAUUGGACCUGGGGUGGGGAAUGGACCCCGAGCUGGGACUGUGAUUGGACCUGGGGUGGGGAAUGGACCCCGAGCUGGGACUGUGAUUGGACCUGGGGUGGGGAAUGGACCCCGAGCUGGGACUGUGAUUGGACCUUGGGUGGGGAAUGGACCCCGAGCUGGGACUGGAGGGACUGGGAUUGGACCUGGGGUGGGGAAUGGACCCCGAGCUGGGACUGGAGUCAAAAGUUCAGGGCCUGUAUCAGGCUCGGCAUCCGGGACCAGGCAGGGCUCGGUGCGUCCCAUCGGGGCCGAGGGGCUGGUCGCCCUGCUGGAGGGGGGUCUGGACAGCGUGUUGUUGAUUGACAGCCGGCCCUUCGUAGAAUAUAACUCCUCCCACAUCCUGGAGGCGGUCAAUGUGAACUGUUCAAAACUGAUGAAGAGACGGCUGCAACAGGACAAGGUUCAGAUCAACGAACUGCUGCAACACUCUGCUAAGAAGAAGUUGGAGCGAGUGGGCGGUCAGGAGGUGGUGGUGUAUGACCAGAGUUCAUCUGACCCCUUGACUCUUCCCUCGGAGGCCUUCCUUACCGUCCUAUUGGACAAGCUGGAGAGGAGCUUCCCUUCAGUACACCUGCUCUUAGGUUAGACACCCUCACUCAGCCCUACAUCCUCCUCACUGCCUCUCUCUCUCCCCUUCCUCUCUUCCCCUCCUCCCUCCCCCCCCAGCCCUUCAUCCUCCUCACUGCCUCUC